GAGACGAUAGAGAGAGGUAGAUGGAGAGCUCUUACAUGUGCAGUGAACAGUGUGUAAAUGGAGCCGAAGACAAAAGCCGGCUUGUUCCACCUCUCUUUCGCUGCUAAAUUCUCAUUUCCUUACCACCAGGAAUCAAGUGCUCUCGUUUUUCUUUUACUUCAUUAAUCGAUAAACUAUAUUUUUUUAUUUGUUUUUAACUAGUUAGUAUAUGUUUGGUGUUCUAAUCUGAUCGGGAAGAGGGAGAAGGGAAUUGGACAAGGAAAGUUUCCAAUUUCGAUGGGAUUUUCGUGUAUAAUUGGAUUAUGAGAAUGAAUUGUUAACUGGGUUUUUGGGAUAAAUCUGCCAAGUUAUUGGAGGUGUAAGGAUUUGCAAGGUUUGAUUGAUUUGAGGAGAUGGGUUGUUUCCCUUGUUUCGAUUCAAGAGAGGAGGAGGAACUGAAUCCAGUGCAAGAUCAUGAUGAUGCAAAACAAAGCCAGCCAACAGUCUCCCCUCACAUUUCCAGAUUGUCUUCUGGAGUAGAGAGACUCAGAUCAAGAAGCAAUGGAGGUUCUAAGAGGGAAAUACCUGGUGUAAGGGAUGGGCUUCCUGCUGGCCAAAUUGCUGCUCAAACAUUUACUUUUCGUGAGCUUGCUGCUGCAACUAAGAAUUUCAGGCCAGAGUGCUUCUUAGGAGAAGGAGGAUUUGGACGUGUAUAUAAGGGACGACUGGAAAGCACUGGUCAGGUCGUUGCUGUAAAACAAUUGGAUAGAAAUGGUCUACAAGGUAACAGGGAAUUUCUAGUGGAAGUCCUCAUGCUUAGCCUUCUUCAUCAUUCAAACUUAGUGAGCUUGAUUGGCUACUGUGCUGAUGGGGAUCAGCGCCUCCUUGUCUAUGAGUUUAUGGCUUUGGGAUCUUUGGAAGAUCACCUUCAUGAUCUUCCACCUGAUAAGGAACCCUUGGAUUGGAACACAAGAAUGAAAAUAGCUGCUGGUGCAGCUAAAGGUUUGGAGUACCUGCAUGAUAAAGCGAACCCUCCAGUAAUUUAUAGGGAUUUCAAGUCAUCCAACAUAUUAUUGGAUGAAGGCUUUCAACCAAAGCUUUCUGAUUUUGGCCUUGCAAAGCUUGGUCCUGUUGGGGACAAGUCGCAUGUUUCCACCAGGGUUAUGGGUACUUAUGGUUAUUGUGCCCCUGAAUAUGCUAUGACCGGACAGCUGACAGUGAAAUCUGAUGUCUAUAGUUUUGGAGUAGUCUUCUUAGAGCUGAUUACUGGACGCAAAGCAAUUGACAGCACCAAACCCCAUGGGGAGCAGAACCUUGUUGCAUGGGCACGUCCACUUUUCAACGAUCGCAGGAAGUUUUCGAAACUGGCAGAUCCACGGCUGGAAGGUCACUAUCCAAUGCGGGGUCUCUACCAAGCAUUAGCUGUUGCAUCCAUGUGCAUCCAAGAACAGGCUGCUACUCGUCCUCUCAUUGGGGAUGUGGUUACUGCACUAUCUUAUCUGGCGAACCAGUCAUACGACCCCAACUCUCAUGGCUACAAAGGUUUAGGAGAUAGGGAUGAGAAGAGAAACAGAGAUGAGAGAGGUGGAAGGAUAUUAAAGAACGAGGAAGGCAGAGGAUCUGGACGUAGAUGGGAGUUGGAAGGAUCUGAGAAAGAGGACUCCCCGAGAGAAACUGCAAGGAUGCUAAACAGGGAUUUAGAUAGAGAACGAGCUGUUGCUGAGGCUAAGAUGUGGGGAGAGAAUUGGCGAGAAAAAAGAAGACAAAGCGCACAAGGCAGUUUUGAUGGCAGUAACGGUAGUAGCCGGUGACAGUGCUCAGCACCAUUUCCCACAUUUGCGCCUUCCGCGGCAUUUUCUCACCAGAGUGAAGAAACUGACGCCAAGCUUUGCUUGUGCUGGUCCAUCCAAAGUGAUUGUUGUUGAAGGACUUGGUGUCAGCAAGUUGUUAACUUCUUGUCGCUUUUUCUUUUAGGUUCUUUUUGAAGAAAAGAAGAAGGUGAUGAUAAUGAUGACAAAGCAUAAUUGAGUGUGUACAUUAUCUGCUAGGAGAUCAAGAACAGAACAGAACAGACACAUUUAUAAAUUUUGAGAGGUCAUGUUACGCUCUGCUUGCUCAUGUAAGUUUCUUCUGGACAGAACCAAUUCUGUUGUCUGUACUUUAUAGUGUUCAUGAAAGUGAACAAAUCAGUUCCACUUUACCAACUAAUCUACAUAAACUCUUUAUCAACUUUCUAGUGUUCCUGAUGCAAUCAUGCAGAUUUGAUUCA